CUGGGUGGAGCCGCUGGAGGGGCGUGGCUUGCAUAUGAAAGAGGCUCCGCGCAGCCCGAUUGGCUAAGACGCGCCUAGUCGGAAGCGUUCGAACACCCAAGCGGAGGAUGGCGGCCGCGGGUGUUUUUUUCCGCCGUCUAGGGGCGCUGAGCGGGGCGGCCGCGGUGGGGGCGGCCGCGUAUGGGGCUCACGGCUUCCAUCCGCAGGAACAGCCCGAGUACCUGAAAGAGCUGUACGGCACAGCCAAUAAGUACCACUUCCUGCACAGCCUGGCCCUCUUGGCGGUGCCCCACUGCCGCUACCCCAUGCUGGCUGGCAGCGUCCUGUCGACGGGCUUGGGACUCUUUUGCGGGCCCUUUUAUUAUCACGCGCUGACCGGCCAGCCGUCCUUCACCCACGUGGCACCCUAUGGCGGGAGUCUCCUCAUUCUUGGCUGGCUGGCCUUGGUGCCCUGACAUCCCCUCGCCAACCUGCGUGUGAACCCCAGGGCUGGGCCAGCCGGACUUCCCUCUGCUGCUGUUCAUUCAUUUGGGGGGGGGGGGUCAGGAGGGGCCUCGGACCAAGCAGUGGGGGUCUCCCGCCAACUUGCACUUAAAUUCUGAAGGGGCUGAAUCUUCUCUCUUUUUUUUUAAAUGAUGAAUUAAUAUGAUAAUGCAGGGGUCUUCAAACGUGGCCACUUGAAGACUGGUGGACUUCAACUCCCAGAAUUCCUGAGGACUGGAGAAGACCCCUGUUAUAAUGUUUAAAAUUUGAAGACCCCUGUUAUAAUGGCUCCCGAUUUGUGAGGGGAAGGAAUUUAUGCCCAAGGGGUGUUGGGCUUUGCGCAAAUGUACAGAAUCAUGCAGCUUUAAUUGUGAUUUUAAUAAACGGACUUGAUUUUA